CAGGCUGGACCGGAAACUACACCGUUCUUUUUCUAACACGGUCUGCCAUCAUGGUGUUCAAGCGCUUUGUCGAAAUUGGCCGUGUCGCCUACGUCGCCUUUGGGCCCCAUGAAGGCAAACUGGUGACCAUUGUAGAUGUGAUUGAUCAGAACAGGGCGCUGGUGGAUGGCCCCUGCACUGGUGUGAAGAGGCAGUCAAUGCCAUUCAAGUGCAUGCAGCUCACCGAUUACGUCAUCAAAGUUCCCCACAGCGCUCGGCAGAAGUUUGUGAGGCGUGCCUGGGAGAAAGCUGGGAUCAGCCAGAAGUGGGCUGAGAGCAGCUGGGCCAAGAAAAUCGAAGCCAGGGAAAAGAGGGCCAAGAUGACCGACUUCGAUCGCUACAAGGUCAUGAAGGCCAAGAAAAUGAGGAACAAGAUCAUCAAGCACGAAGCAAAGAAACUCCAGAAAGCUGCAGCAGCCGCAGCUAAAAAGGCCUAGAUCAUGGUCAAUAAAUGUGUUAAAACACUUGUUCAGCUCUACUGUGGCAUUUAUUUCACAUGGUAGUGGUUGUAGAGGUGUGAAUGGCACCCUGCUCUGAUCAGUCAUGUUCUUCUCACUUCAUUUCCUGUCCAAGUUCAUCACACAGAGCCACAACUCUGGUGACUGAGCAGAAUUUAAAUAUGAACCAUUAGCAUAUGCAGUGAAACAAAAACUUUCAUGCCUAUUAAUCCAGUUGUAGAGUCGGAAUCAGAAUAAAUGAAUUCUUUUGA